AUGGUCGAGUCCCGCCAUGACGUCGAGCAGGGGCUCACCCCGCGGCUGAGCAAUGCCUCCUCCUCCUCCAUCUACUUCCCUCCCACCAACGGCAACGCCCCCACUGCCACCGCCGGCUCCAAGCAGUACAUGGCGCUGGAGCCCGUGGACGCCACGCACUCGUUGCGCACGCACUGGGACGAGAGCGUCGGCCACGGCGUGCGUCGCCUCGUGCGCACCAUGCGCCAGCAUGCAAAGGCGCCCUCCGUCUCGACCGCCGACAUGGCCGACAAGCUCCGGCACGACGCCAAGGACUCGGCGCGCUUCUACUGGCAGAACCUGCUCGUGUUCCAGCGCGAGAUGCUCUGCGGCGUGGCGGCCAUGCUGCUCAUGAUCCCGGAGACCGUGGCCUUCAGCUACGCGGCCAACCUGGACCCGCUCAACGGCCUGUACGCCACGGGCUUCCUCGGUCUGGCCGUGAGUCUGUUCGGCGGCGUGCCGGCCACCGUUGCCGGCGCUGCCGGUGCCGUGGCCAUGGUGAUGCCGACCAUCACGAGCGUCACCGGCUCGCUGGCCUACUUGACGUACGAGGAGCGGCUACAGCACCUGUUCGUCGCUGUGACCGUUGCAGGCGUGCUGGAGCUGCUGUUCGGGCUGCUGGGCCUGUCCAAGCUCUUCUCGAUGAUCCCUCGCACGGCGCACAUCGGAUUCCUGAACGGCCUGGCGCUCAUGAUGUUCAUCUCGCAGAAGACGACGAUCGAGCGAGUCGUCGGCUACGACGUGGGUCCCGUUGCGCUGGUGCUCGUGACCAUGGCCAUCAUGCACUACUUCCCGCGGACGCCGUACGUGGGCCACUUGAUCCCGCCCACGCUCGUGGCGGCGGUAGUCGGCGUCGGCUUCGAGUUUGGCAUCAACCGCCCACUGCUCGGCUACGACGUGCGCACUAUCGGCGAUACGUCUCCUCUGAACGGUGGACUGCCGACUUUCGCUCUCCCCAAGUUCGGAGACGUGCAGGACUGGGGCGUCGUGCUGUCUACGGCGGCGAGUGUCAUGGCUGUGGGACUGUUUGAGUCGCUCAUGACGUUGCAGUCGGUGGUGGACCUGAAGAAGGAGCAGCUCUCGCAGACGGCCACGCGCAAGGAGUGCAUCGCGCAGGGCAUCGGCAAUGUGCUGUGCGGGUUCUUCUCCGGUAUGGGAGGCUGCUCCAUGAUCGCGCAGUCGAACGGCAACAUUUUGAACGGAGCUCGCUACCGCUUGUCGUCGUUUAUGGGAGGAGUUUAUACGUUCCUGGUGGUGUUUUUCGCCAGUUCGGUGAUCGAGCGCGUGCCCGUGGCGUGUCUGACCGGCAUCCUGUGCGUAAUCGUGAUCCACACGUUCUACUGGCCGUCGCUCAAGCUCAUCUUCCGCGUCAAGAUCACGGACGCCAUCGCCAUUGUGCUCGUGACGGCGCUCGCGGCUGCGAUGAACCUGGCCAUUGCCGUGAUCGUCGGCGUCAUUUGGCAGUGUCUGGUGAACGGCUGGCAGAGCGGCCACUUACUCACGUUCCGCACGGGCAUGGAGGUGGUGCCUGUCGUGAACGCCCAGGGCCGCGCUGCAGACAACGAGCUGCUCACGAAUCACGAGGAGGCCAAGAUCUACUACAUCAAGGGCCAGCUGCUCUUCUCGUCGGUGGCCUCAUUCCGCGAGUUCUUCGACGUCCUCCAUGACCCGAACGUGGUCAUUCUCGACAUGUCGGACUGCGUGUUCGCCGACUUCUCGGCUGCUGCGGCGCUGCGUGAAGCUGCUAUGCGGUACCGUGACGCCGGCAAGACGCUGGUGGCUCGCAACCUCGACGCGCAGUCGCUGGACAUGCUGAACCAUGACUUCGGCUGGGACUCUGUCGAGAGGAUUCAGAUCGCGACGCCCGGUACGGCCACCAACGGCGACGACCUUGCCAAGAGCAAGAUCGACAAGGAGCGCGCUUCUCGCUACUCACAGCUACUCACACGGCUCGCAGGCCUUCACAUUCCGUCGCCGUGCGAGUCGUCGACGCCCUACCGUCCUGCUACUGGGCCGUAA